UGUGGCUGUUCUGCGGUUUGCGGGUUUUGUUAGUGUUGUUUAUAAAUUAUAUACACGAAUUAAUUUCAACAUAUAAAUAUUUUGGUUCAUAUUUUUUCAGACAUUGAUGAGUUGUUUGUUGGGUUUAGUAUUUUGAGUUUGAUAUUAACUUACAAGUUAGGGAAAGAUAAAAAUGGGGGACCAGGUUGUUGCAUCAGAACCAGAUAUAUCUGAAUUGGAGGAUGAAGAAGAUAACUUUUUUCAAGAUGUGGAUACCUUACAAAAUCAUGGGAUUAAUGUGGCUGACAUAAAAAAGUUGAAAUCGUCAGGAAUAUGUACUAUCAAAGGCAUUCAGAUGUGUACCCGAAAAAGGCUGUGUAACAUCAAAGGAUUUUCUGAGGCAAAAGUUGAUAAAAUAAAAGAGGCAUGUGCCAAACUGGCAUCUGACAGUUUCUUGACAGCUCUUCAAUUUAGUGAUAAGAGGAAAAAUGUUUUCCGAGUUGCAACAGGAAGCGAUGAACUUGAUAAGCUACUCGGAGGUGGAAUUGAGUCUAUGGCCAUCACUGAAGCCUUUGGAGAGUUCCGUACAGGGAAGACCCAACUUUCCCACACACUCUGCGUUACUGCUCAGAUACCCUCCACCAGCUACAGUGGCGGAAAAGUCAUCUUCCUUGACACUGAAAACACAUUUCGGCCGGAUCGUUUGCGUCCGAUUGCUCAGCGGUUCAACCUAGACCAGGACGCUGUUUUGGAUAACAUUUUGUAUGCUCGGGCUUAUACCAGCGAGCAUCAGUUUGAAUAUUUGGAUUUUGUUGCUGCCAAAUUUCAUGAAGAGCCUGGUGUAUUCAAACUUUUGGUGGUGGACUCUAUCAUGGCGCUGUUCCGUGUAGACUUCAGUGGUCGAGGUGAGUUGGCAGACAGACAGCAGAAGCUGGCUCAGAUGUUGUCUCGUCUGCAGAAGAUAUCGGAGGAGUACAACGUGGCAGUGUUCAUCACCAAUCAGAUGACGGCAGACCCCGGCGCAACACUCUCCUUCCAGGCUGAUCCCAAGAAACCAAUUGGAGGCAACAUUCUAGCCCAUGCUUCUACCACCAGAAUUUCAUUGAGGAAAGGCCGUGGUGAAACUAGGAUUGCUAAGAUAUAUGACAGCCCUGAUAUGCCUGAGAAUGAAGCUACAUUUGCUAUCACCAAUGGAGGAAUAGCUGAUGCUAAAGAUUAAGGAUAAAAAUGAUUUUACUGUAGAAG